GCUCGCUGCAGUAUCUCAGUGCAACACCACCGAUCCAGAGUACACCAGUUGAGCUCGAGCUCUAGUCGUUUCAGCACCUCCAUGUCCAUGAUCAGGAGGGCGGCGCAGCAGGCGACACGGUUCGCCAUGGGACGACCGCACGUCCCGCGCAAUGCGCCCGCUGCGAGGAGCCUUCAUCAGGCGUCCGCCGGCAGCAGCAAGAAGAUCGUGGGCGUGUUCUACAAGGGCGGCGAGUACGCCGACCGGAACCCCAACUUCGUCGGCUGCGCCGAGCACGCCCUCGGCAUCCGCGGCUGGCUAGAGUCGCAGGGCCACCAGUACAUCGUCACCGACGACAAGGACGGCCCCAACUGCGAGCUGGAGAAGCACAUCGCGGACGCGCACGUGCUCAUCACCACGCCGUUCCACCCGGCGUACGUGACCGCGGACCGCAUCGCGCGCGCCAAGAACCUGGAGCUGCUCCUCACGGCGGGGAUCGGCUCCGACCACGUCGACCUGCCGGCGGCCGCCGCCGCGGGGCUCACCGUCGCCGAGGUCACCGGCAGCAACACGGUGUCGGUGGCCGAGGACCAGCUCAUGCGCGUCCUCGUCCUCGUGCGCAACUUCCUGCCGGGCCACCACCAGGUCAUCAGCGGGGAGUGGGACGUGGCCGGCGUCGCGCACCGCGCGCACGACCUGGAGGGGAAGACGGUGGGCACCGUCGGCGCCGGCCGGAUCGGGCGCCUGCUGCUGCAGCGCCUCAGGCCGUUCAACUGCAGGCUGCUCUACCACGACAGGCUCCGGAUCGACCCGGCGCUGGAGGCGGAGACCGGCGCCCAGUUCGAGGCGGAGCUCGACGCCAUGCUGCCCAAGUGCGACGUCGUCGUGCUCAACAUGCCGCUCACCGAGAAAACAAGAGGCAUGUUCGACAAGGAGAGGAUCGCGAGGAUGAAGAAAGGCGUGAUCAUCGUGAACAACGCCCGAGGCGCGAUCAUGGACACGCAGGCCGUGGCGGACGCUUGCGCCACCGGGCACAUCGCUGGAUACGGCGGCGAUGUGUGGCACCCUCAGCCUGCGCCCAAGGACCACCCGUGGCGCUACAUGCCGAACAACGCCAUGACCCCUCACAUCUCCGGCACCACCAUUGAUGGCCAGCUGAGGUAUGCGGCGGGGGUGAAGGACAUGCUAGAGAGGUACUUCAAGGGCCAGGAUUUCCCGGUGCAGAAUUACAUCGUCAAGGAAGGCAAGCUCGCGGGCCAGUACCAGUGAGCAUACAUGAAAAGAUGCAGCUGCAUUGUGCGAAGCCAGCUGCUGCCUCAGCCUCCUCUGCGACUAUACAUAUGUCGAUCGAUCACCACAAAUAAAAGUCACGUAAAAUGACAUUGCCGUCAUGGCGGUUAUGGAUGAAAACUCGUUCCAUUUUCCAACUUUCCUUCCUUUAUUUGGUUGAAGCUUGCAAUGUCUAAUGACCUUUGAUACAAAGUACUAAGACAACAGCAUUGCAUUGCUAUAUAUGUUGGCCUUUAUUUACCUA